AAAGAUCGGUUAAAUUUCGAUUUCUUCGAAAAUGUCGUUCUUAAAUUUCUCAUCGAUUUCGUUCAGACGGAUCGUAUCUUCGAGUGGCAAUAUAUCGAAGAGCUUGUAUAAAAGAAAAAUGGCGACCGAGGUGGAAAAAGCACGAGUCGCUACUCCCGGCGGCGAUACUAUAUUUGGGAAAAUAUUGCGUAAAGAACUACCAUGCAACUUUAUUUACGAAGACGAUAAGUGUGUCGCAUUUAAAGAUAUCAACGCCCAAGCUCCCGUACACUUCUUGGUAAUCCCAAGAAAACCGAUUUCACAAUUGUCAAAAGCGGACAACGAGGAUGAAGCUUUGCUGGGCCAUUUGAUGUUGGUAGCUCAAAAAGUGGCGAAACAAGAAGGUCUGAAUAAUGGUUUUCGUUUGGUAAUCAACGACGGAAAAGACGGUGCGCAAUCGGUCCUUCAUCUGCACCUGCAUGUACUCGGUGGUAGGCAGAUGCAGUGGCCUCCGGGUUAACGAGUUAUACGAUCUAAUCUUAUUUCGCACGAUUCAAAAUUCAUGUACAACGUGUUUCUCUUUCGAAUGUUAAUAAAGAGUUGAGGUUAUGAA